AUGUUUAAAUUAUCUGGAUUAAUUAGUGCCACCCAAUUAGGUAGAAUUAGUACCCGGGUUGCUAGUUCAAGAGGGCCAAUUUCCCAAUUCAACCGUUAUGCUUCACAAGAAGCUAAAGAAACUUAUACAAAAUUGAGCGAUGAAAAUGAUCCUCAAAGAGAUACAAUUUUCAAAUAUACUUGGGGUACUUGGUUAAAAAAUGAUGAAGCUGAGAAGAAGAAAAGAUUUACUAAAUUUUCAUUAACUGGGUUACAAGAUAUUCUAAAAUUAUUAGUUGAAGAAUCUAAAACCACAGCACAAAAAACUGAAGAUGUUAAAGAAUUACCAAAAGUUAGUGAACCAAAAAGAUAUUUCACCAACUUUGUUUCAUUACCUCAUAAUGUUAAUGUUACCAAUUUUGGCUCUUUGAAUCCAAAUGAAAACUUACAUAUUAAACAAUUAAGUUCAUUACAUGAAGGUAAACAUCAUAGAAUUUAUAAAAUUGAUUUAAACACCGAAAGAAGUUUUAUCCUUAGAAUCCCAUACCCAUUAGAUACUGAAUAUGCCAUUGAAAAAAGAAUUCAAAGUGAAGCUGCUACUUUAGAUUUCAUUAGCUUGAAAACUGACUUAAAAGUUCCAAAAGUUUUUGCUUAUGGUGCUGAUAAUACUAAUCCUUUAAAUAUCCCAUUCAUCUUGGAGGAAUUCAUUGAAGGUGAUACUUUAAUGAAAAAAUGGCAACCAAUGACCCCUCACACCGAAUCAAACCAUAAAGAAGUUAUUGGUGAAGUUAUAAAUCCGUUAUCUGAAUUACAAUCUAAAUUAUCUGAAAUCGAAUUCAAUCAAUUUGGUUCAUUAUAUUUUGCUAUUGAUUCUGCUGAAACCAAUCCAAAAGAACCAUACAAUGGUGAAACUGAUGAAGCUUUAAAAGGUCGUUGGGUUAUUGGUCCAUCCACUGAAAGAGUGUUCUGGAGAAACAGACAUUUAUUGAGACCAUCACAAUUUGAAAGUUUAGUUGGCCCAUGGGAUGCUGAUAAACCAUUGGAUAUUGUUAAAAGUGUUGCUGAAAUUGAAUUGGAAACUUUAAGAACUAGAUUGGCCUUUAAUGAAACUGAUGCUGGUGUUAUCGAAGAUAAGGAUGCUUUAAAACAACAAAUUGAAGUCUAUGAACAUUUGAAAUCAGUUGCCCCUGUCUUAAUCAACACCAAAUCUGAAGGUGUUAAAAACAUUGAACAAUUAUUCAAACCAAGAUUAGCUCAUACUGAUAUCGAUCCAUUGAACGUGUUAACUAAAGGUGAUGAUUACUACUUCUUAGACUUUGAAGGUGCUACUAUCAAACCAAUCAUUUUCCAAAGUACACCAAGAUUUGUUGCUUAUGAAGAUGGUCCAAAGAUUUAUGAAUUCGAAAUUGAUAUGGAAAAAUAUGAAACAAUGUCAGAUGCUGAUAAAUAUUACUACGAUUUUGCUGUUGUUCGUACAAGAAACGAAUUUUUAUGGGAUGUUGCAUUAGCUAACACUUUCAACAAAUUGGAAACUGAAGGAUCCCCAGUUUUAAAAAGAUUAAGAGCUCCAUACACUGCUGCUAUUGAAAAAAGAACUGAUAAUGAAUCAGCUAUUGUUGAUCGUAAAAUUUAUGAAAUCGCCUUACAAUGGAAUCAAUUUGCUGAACAUAAAUUUGUUCUUGCUGAACAAUUCCCAUUUGAAAUUACAGACGAAAAAUUUGAUGCGCAUACUAAAGUUUUAGAAAAAUACUACAACGAUUUAGGUAAUGUUCCUUUCGCUGUUACUGGUGGCUGGGUUCCUCAAGAUAUGUUUGAAUCUUUAUUAUCACAAAAUGUUAUAAUUAAACAAGAAAAUGGUGAUUAUGCUAUUAAUGAUGAAGUUUUAGGCAAAGCUGAAGAAGGGCAAUCUUAA